CACGUACUUGUUUAGAAUCUUGUUAGAUCUGUUCCAAAAGAAGAGUGGGACACAAAAAAAAGGGGGUGCAAGUAGGGGAAUUAAAGCUGCAAAAGUGGUCACCAUUUCCAUUCGAAGACUCGUAGUCUAGUACCAGUACAAUUUCCUUGUAGGAACGUAUUAUUCAAGAAUAUAGCAGCUUCAUUCCUUUCGGAGCGCUGUAGCAGAAAUAGAAAGUGAGAGCCAGAGAGCAAAAUUAUUUAUUGAUUAGUACAAAGAGUAAGAGAUCAACCAGAGAGAGAGAGAGAGAGAGAUGGAGAUCAAUAAAAGAAUGUGCAAUGGCCUCGUCGUUGUCGUCCUAAUUGCUGUUAUUUUCACCGCCUUUAUGCCUGCUGCUGCUGAGGGUCAUGUUCAUCAUAGCUUCCCUCCAGCCCCGGCUCCUGCUCCGACCAGUGACGGGACAACUAUUGACCAGGGGAUUGCUUACGUCUUGAUGUUGUUGGCUCUGGUGCUUACAUAUCUCAUCCACACCCUGGAAGUUCCCCUCAACUUCCAGGUUAUUUGAUUAUAAAUCCAUACUACUAUUGCCCAGGAAAGAGUUAUAGGCUAGAGUGAAUUGAAAUGCACGAGUAAAUUGCUAGAAAGACUUUCACGAUUGCUUAUGUAAUGUCGUCCUGGGACAUACAUUAAGCAUCUUACUAUGGGAUUCUUUUGAGUAAUUGUUGCAUUAAACUGCUAUUUACUAGAACAGGUUUUGGUUUAUCUUUCCCAACUUGCUUCCUACUUGACUGGAUCCAAUUCUAUGUGCUCAUCUCCAAACUAUAUUUCUGUAUUUCUUCGUCAAAGGUGAAUUAUCAAGAUCUUUUAAUCAACCUAAGAGAAGAGGUUGUAU